UUGGAUAUCCAAAAACACCCACGAAUAUUCUCUUCCUCGUUACCCUUAUACCAGUCACACGAUUCCUCUUCCCUCCUUUUAACCCCACCAUUUCAUUCUUCACCACAUUCACUUUCUUCCUUUCUCAAAGUUUUUCUUUUUCUCUCUCAUUUCUUCAAUCUGUUAACGUAACCAUGAAAUUCGGGAAGAGUUUGAGCAACCAGAUCGAGAAAACACUGCCUCAAUGGCGCGACAAGUUUCUCUCCUACAAGGAACUGAAGAAGAAGUUGAAACUCGUGGAAGCCGCCCCCAAAUCCUCGGAGGAACGCCCGGCGAAACGCGCAAGGCUCGAUGCGGACAUGUCUGUGGAGGAAAUCGACUUCAGGAACUCGCUCGAACAAGAACUCCACAAAUUCAACACCUUCUUUGAGGAGAAAGAGGAAGAGUGCAUCAUCAAAUUGAAGGAGCUACAAGAUAGGGUGGCCAAAGUAAAAGAUUCUAAUGAGCAGUUAAUGGAAAUUCGCAAGGAAAUUGUGGAUUUCCAUGGAGAGAUGGUCUUGCUCGAAAACUAUAGUGCUCUUAACUACACAGGACUAGUGAAAAUACUAAAGAAGUAUGACAAGAGAACUGGUGCUCUCAUUCGCUUGCCUUUCAUUCAGAAGGUCUUGCAACAGCCUUUCUUCACCACUGACCUUCUCUACAAACUUGUGAAGGAGUGUGAAACAAUGCUGGAUCAGCUUUUCCCGGUGAAUGAUCCUUCCAUUUCCGGUGAGGCAACUCCCCAAGCUGAGGGGUGUGAGGCUUCAACUUCAACCAGCACAAAGAAUAAUGAGGAUCCGCUGAUGCCUAAAGAGUUAGCAGCCAACCAGCACAUCGACGAGAGCCUCUACAUGAAGAGUACCAUUACAGCUUUACAUGUUUUGCAGGAAAUUAGAAAGGGAAGCUCAACAGUAAGCAUGUUUUCAUUGCCACCGCUGCAGAUGAGUGGUUUGGAAGAAACAUGGAACAAAAUCCCAAUUCUGGAACAGACAGCCAAGUAAUCUACUGGAUUACAGUGGUUGAUUGAAGUCGAGUUAGUGUGCCAUGAGAGUUCACCUUUUUGUUGAUUUCAAAAUCCAGUUGUAACAUGCCGCAGAUAACAAACAACACGGAUGUAAAAUGCUGAAGAUAGAGAAUAUAUUGACACAAAAGAAUUUUAGACUCAUAUAAGAAAGACGAAAAACCUUCUCCAACUAUGAUCAUGUGCAAAAACAUGUAUUUAUACUUGAAGCUCACGUACAAACACUUUUAUACGCACACACGUCUCAUAGUUGAUAAGAAUUCCUUGAGUUCUACGCAUAAAUUUAGUUUAUAAUGUUAUUGGGUCCUUCUGAAAUC